GCACGAGAGUGGAAGUGGCCCAAAGUCUAUAUAACGACUUCGCAUCACUUUCCCCUGCAAGAUAUUGCCAAACAAUGAAGAGAAAUAUUAUCAACAAAAGACUGCGGUAGAGACUGUAGCUAAUCAAAGAUUCAAUCUUUAAUUAGAUCCCAGUUCCUUCUCAAACUUAUUUUGCCUUUAUAUGGCAGACAUAAUUUUAUCUCCACUUUUCCAAGUGGUUUUUGACAAAUUAAGCACUCCACUGCUGGAAGAAAUAGCCAAUCGGUCUGGUCUUGGAAGAGAGGUCACUGCACUUCGCCAUAAGUUGAAGACCAUUAGAGCAGUUCUUGAAGAUGCAGAAGAGCAGCAAUUAGCUACCAGAGCUUUUAGGAUUUGGUCUGCAGAGCUUAAACAAGUUGCUUUUGAUGUAGAGGAUUUCCUUGACGAGUUCUCUCCAGAAGCCAUUCAAGCUGGAAACUAUGAUGGUUUUAUUGGACAGGUACGAAACUUGCACCCUUCUUUGGGACAAUUUGUUAAUCGCAUUGAUAUGUUUCCUAGAAUAACCCAGAUUAGAGAAAAUUUAGAAACUCUGGUAGAAGAGAGGUCUAGUUUUCAUUUAAGAGAGCGAGUUGUUAGACCAAGUAGUAGAAGUAGAAGACACACUGGGCCUUCUAUAAUUGAAUCAGAAGUUUUAGGGAGAGAAGAGGAUAAAGAGAAGAUAGUUAAGCUUUUACUCUCUGCUGAUAAUGGGUUUAGUCCAGGUGGUAUUUCAGUUUUGUCCAUUGUUGGUUUGGGUGGUAUUGGUAAAACUACACUUGCUCAGAUAGUUUACAAUGAUGAGAGGUUAAAAAGACAUUUUGAUCUGAAAAUAUGGGCAUGUGUAAAUGAUGAUUUUGAUGUGGAAAAAAUUAUGUUGUCUAUAUUAGAAUCUGGUAGAAAGGUUAAGUGUGACUUCUCCGAAAUGGAUGCACUGCAAUUUCGGCUUCAGGAACUAUUGAUUGGAAAGAGAUACUUGCUUUUUCUAGAUGACGUGUGGAAUGAGGAUGUGAAUGAGUGGGAUAAACUGAGAACUUCAUUAAUAGGUGGUGUGGAAGGUAGUGUAAUCAUUGUCACUACUCGGAGCGAAAAGGUUGCAUCUAUAAUGGGCAGUGCUUAUAUUCAUUAUUUGGAAGGUUUGUCUGAUGAUUGUUGUUGGGGUUUGUUCAAGAAACGAGCUUUUGGUCAGGAUGAAGACAAGCAUAGAAACUUAUUCCCAAUUGGCAUGCAAAUAGUGAAGAAGUGCGGAGGUGUACCUUUAGCUGCAAGGACUCUAGGAGGUCUGAUGCGCUUCAAAAAAGAUGAAAGAGAAUGGCUUCUAGUGCAGGAUAGUAACCUUUGGGAUCUAUAUCAAAAUGAAACUGACAUUUUACCUGCGUUAAGGUUAAGUUACAGUCACUUGCCAUCCCAUUUGAAAGCAUGCUUUGCAUUUUGCUCAAUAUUUCCUAGAAAUUACGUAAUCAAAAAGGAAAAGUUAAUCCAACUUUGGAUAGCAGCAGGCUUGAUUCAAUCACCUGAAGGGAGAAAAACAUUUGAGUUUAUUGGGAAUGAGUACUUCAAUGAUUUGGUGUGGAUGUUUUUCUUUCAAGAUAUACACAGAGGCGAAAAUGGCAGCAUUCUUGAGUGCCAAAUGCAUGAUCUCAUUCAUGAUCUGGCACAAUCUAUUGCAGGAAGUGAAUAUGUAUGGGUGGAAAUUGACAGGAUGCCACAAAAUUUCUCCCAAAUCCGCCAUUGUUCCAUGAUUUGUAAUUUCAGCUCACAUAGGAUUCCAGAAGCUCUGUAUGAAGCAAAGAAGUUGCGAACCCUAAUCUUAUUGUUGCCAAAAGGAGACCUCGGAGAGCUACCUCCUAAUGUGUUUUCAAAUUUCAGAUAUUUGAGGGUCUUAGAUGUAAGUGGUAGCGGCAUUAAAAGACUAAGUGAAUCAAUUUCCUCUUUCUUAUUUUUGAGGUAUCUCGACAUCUCUAACACACAUGUUAAGAACUUACCUGAAAGUGUUUGCAAGCUUCGAAAUUUACAAGUGAUGAACCUUUCUGGUUGCUAUGAUCUUGUUGAGUUGCCAAGAGACAUAACCAAGUUAUAUAAGCUACGGCAUCUAAUCCUACAUGGUUGUGACAGGCUCAGCAGAACACCAGCAUCAAUUGGAAAACUUGUAUAUCUCCGAACAUUGUCAAUGUUUAUUGUGGGAAGGGAGAGAGGUGAAAGCAUUAGCGAGCUAGGAAAUCUGAACCUUGGAGGGCAACUGAAUAUUCUUCAUUUGGAGCAUGUGAAGGAGCCAGAACAAGCAAUAAAAGCUGACUUAGUUGGAAAGAGAAACCUCCAGUCAUUGGAUCUAUCUUGGGGAAGCGAUCGCAAUGGUAUGGUCAGGAACAAUGCUAAUGAUGGCAGAGUAGAGGAAGUGCUCAAUUGCCUACAACCACAUAAAUAUCUAAGGAAGUUGAGUGUUAAAGAGUACCAAGGAAUGCAGUUUCCAGGGUGGAUAUCUUUUUCUAAAAUCCCAAAUAUAACUGAGCUUAUCUUGGUUAACUGUAGAAGAUGCGAAAAUCUUCCUACACUGGGCGAACUUCCCUUCCUUAAGGUCCUUUACUUGCAAGGAAUGGAUGCGGUGAAAAGCAUUGGCAGUCAGUUCUAUGGUCAAAAAGAGGGAGCAUUCCCAUCAUUGGUGGAGCUAACCCUUCUAGAUUUCCCCAAUUUAGAAACUUGGUGGAGUUUUAAUAGGAGAGAGGACUUUCCUUCUCUUGCCAAAUUGAUCAUCAAUAGAUGUUUGAAGCUAAGAAGCAUGCCAUGUUUCCCCUUUCUUCAACAUCUGGAGCUACGAAAUUGUGACGAUAUGGUACUAAAGUCAGCAUCAAAUCUAACCUCCCUCACUGUUCUUGUCAUUGAUGAAAUUGCUGAGUUGGUUUUUUUGGAGAACUUGCUAGAAAGCAAUACUCUUCUCGUGUCUUUAGUGAUUAGCUCUUGCCCAAAGCUCAGUUCCAUGUCUCCGAGUUUAGUAAACCUGAUAAAUCUGAAAUCCUUGGCAGUUCGCUGGUGCAAGGAGCUCCAUUCUUUGCCACAUGGAUUGCAAAAUUUCACUUCUUUGGAGUCACUGGAGAUUGUUGAGUGCCAUAGUCUUGUCUCUUUGCCAGAGGACAUUCAAGGUCUGAGAUCUCUUCGGUCUCUAUCCAUUGAGAAUUGCAAUAGCCUCACAUCUCUGCCACCAGAACUUCAAUUCCUCACAUCACUCGAGCAUCUAACCAUCAUGUACUGUCCAAAACUGGCUAAUUUGCCUGAUAAUAUGCAGCAUUUAUCUGCUCUUAGAAGUUUAUCCAUUUUAAACCUUCCAGAGCUGUCAUCUCUUCCACAGGGCCUGCAAUAUGUCACUAACUUGCAAAAUUUGGAAAUUCGUGGCUGUCCUGGUCUAGAAGCAUUGCCAAAUUGGAUAUCCAACCUUACCUCGCUUCGAUCAUUGGCAUUGUCAGAAUGUCAAAAUUUAACAUUUCUACCCGAAGGACUACAACAUUUAAAUUCCCUUCAACAUCUAUCUAUUCAAGAUUGUCCUAUCCUGGAGGAACGAUGCAGAAGGGAUAUUGGUGAGGAUUGGCCAAAAAUAAUACACAUAGCUUAUGUCUAUAUUGGAUCACAGGAAAGCAAGGAUCACAGUGCAGCAAGCAGCUCAAGAGCUCAUUGAAUUGGUCAUGCUUCAUCAUUCAGGUGCAAGCAGUACAUAUAGACAGUUGCUUGUGAUGGAGUUACUUGUUUCCCAGCCUUGUCUUCAAUUUGUGUUUGGAUUUGCAGUGUAAAGAUUUUGUCUUCUUUUACUCUGCUUUGAAGUAAACGACAGGUGCAUUUACCUAAUUAAUGCGUUUCUCAUGGUUUGUACUAAUGGCUUGCAAAGUGAUGGCACAGAGUGCUCCUCUCACUGAUGUUAUAAACGCAGCAACUUUGAGUUAAAACGAUAAUAAUAAAUUUUAAUUAUGGAUUAAUUUGCAA